AUGGAAGAUUGUUCAUUUGUUUUUAUGGAUAUUAUUAUUGAAUGUAGAAAAAAGAAGUUGGUAGAAUUAGAUCAGGAAAUUAAAGAAAUACAAAAUAUCCUAGAAUCUCUGGAAGGAGGUGAAAACCCAAAGGAAAGGAUUGUUAAAAUAGCCGAAAGUGUAGACAGACUGGAGGAGGAGAUAAAAAAAACUAAGAAGAAAAAGUUUUUACGUGAUAUGGAUGACUACAAAAAUGAUAGAGUCAGAAAUUUUCAGAAGAAAUAUGACUCAUAUCAUGAGAAGAAGAACUUUCAGGAGAACGAGAUGUAUCACCAAUCUAAAAGAACUGAAUAUGAAAACCAGAAUAGAAAUCAAUAUGAGAGAAGAAACAAUAACAAUUGGAAUGGAAGCUCCAACCAACAGUCAAGAAGACUUAAUGUUAGAGAGAAUCCUAAUUUGAUACCAGUCAACGAAAAAAGAAGAACAAAGGAGAGCUGGAGAAGAUCUGUGAAUAAUAUAGAAGGUGAUCAUUUGCUGAGGAGGAAAGAUAUACCAUUAGUCCAAAGAAGAGCAGAGACAAAGCAUAAGCAAAAUACAGAACGUGAAGGUUUAAGAAUUUCAAGAGGUCAAGAUGAGCGGAAACACAAAAUGCCACUCAAUACCAACUUUAAUAGGAGGAAUGAAAUGCACAGUAGAAAUAAAGAUAGGGAAAUUGACAAGACAUCUGAAAGAAGAUCGGAGGAAGAAUAUGUGGAGACCCCUACAGGAGGUAACACAGUAACGGUCCAAGCUGAGGUACAUAAUACCACAAGAGAGGCGGUUUUUUUAGGAAGGAACACCAGAGAAAUAACCACAUGGUUUCAUCCGAUGACACCAAGAAGGUCCAAAAGAAAAGAGUUAAACCUAGAAGAAAUAGAGGAGGAAGAAGAACAAGGGAUAAGCAAGAAAAAGACCAAGAAGAGCACCCAGUAG